AUGCAUGAACAAAUAGAAAAACUAGAAUCGAAACCACUGUACGAACCGGUAGACCAACAUAAUGAUUCGUUGGACCAGCAAUCGCUGUAUGUUAAUCAACUGUUUAAUCAUUCACAAUCUCAAGCCGUUGACCAACAACAACAACAACAACAUUUAUACAUGCAAGGAAUGAAUUCUCAAAGAAUGAGCCCACGAUUUUCAUCCAAUAAUAAUUUGUUUGCUAACGAAAACCAAACAUCUGAAGAGUUUAAUGUGUCACAACCAAACCAAUUUUUCAACCCGUACCAGAUGUACCAAGCAAACUCAUUCUACCAACCAGGACCGGCCCUUACAGCAUCAUAUGCUAAUGAUGAAGAUAACGCAGACGAGCAAGAAAGUAAUAGCUCUAGCAACUAUGAAACAUCAUCAUCUGAAGACCUUGAGGAAGGGGAAGGUGAUAAUGACAAUGGAGAAGAUGAUGAGGAUGAGGAUGAGGACGAUUCAGUCAGUUCUGGUUCUACUGCUCCAGUCACCCAACACCCUUACUAUGAACAAUGGAGACGUUAUUAUGAGGCAUUGGCAAUGCAGCAACAACAAAUCAUGAACCGUCAAUCAAUGUAUGGUCCUAAUUUUCAAGGAUUUAAUCCAAUGAUGUAUUUUGCAAAUCCACAAAUGAUGCAGAUGCAAAUGCAAAUGCCCUAUUUUUUCAACCCAAUGAUGAUGCAAGGCAACAAUGGAUCUAAUCCUCAACUAAACCCUGACUCGGCUGCUAUGUUUCAACAACAGAUGCAACAAAUGCAACAAAUGCAACAAUUCCUGCAACUGAUGCAAAACUUAUACAACCAACCACAGUCACAACCACCACAACAAUAUAAUAAUGAGCAACAACCACAAUCACGUAGUCCAUACACUCCAUCCAACUCAAACCACGCAUCAAAGAGAAAUUCUUAUAUAAAUGUCAAUGAAUCGCAAGAAAAGAAUUCUACAAAGGAACCACCCAAGAAUGAUUUCUUACUGUCUUAUAAAAAGAGUAGAAAUCUCAAUACAGAAACUAUUGACGAGGAUGAAAACGAAUUAAUAUUACAAUCAAGAAAAUCUACUGUCAAGUCCAACAGAUAUCCAUCAGCCCCAAUUGAUACUCCUACUCAAGAACGAUUUUCAAGUUCUGAUAGACACUCAAGAGUUACUUCUUUGCAAAUAAACUUUAAACCUACAGGAUAUGGCAACUACCAGGAUGAUGAAGAGGAGGAAGAAGAAGAAGAAUUUACUGGACUGAGUUCAAGAGUAUUAUCUAAAGUCAGGCAAGGGUCACUUGGUGGCAACAUUGACUCUUUGGCACAGUUAAAUUUACAAGAUAGUAAUGGUGCACUUGGUAGACAUAUUUCAGAUUACACAAAGUAUUUAUUUGAUGAUGAUGAAGAAGAAGAAGAAGAUGAUAGUGGUUCAGAAGAGGGUAAUAAUCGAACCGUUCAUUUACUGGCUUAUGGUGAUAAUGAUAGAACUUUAAUAAGUGCGAAAGGUAGGGAAGCAGAUGGUUAUAGACAUGAUACCAAUCCUCAAUUGCCUACUCCAAACACAGAUGAUGGGUUGAGUAGACAAGGUACUUCAGCAUCGGAGGCAUCGAUUCAAAGUGGUGGAUCAUUAAAAUUUACUGUCGCCGAUAGUAAGAGAAGACUGAAUCUUCCAUUGAAACCGGUUACCAACAAUAAACCAAAAAAGAAGACCAAGAAUGCCAAAAAAUCGAAAAAUACUCUCGAAAUUCAACCACCUGUGUGUCAGGAAUAUAAUCCAAAUAUGCCAUUACCUGAAUUAUCUAUGGGUAUGAUGCCCUUUGCAUCUUCGAUGGCAGGACUUGCUCCACCUCCACCUCCUGUAUUUGAUGGAUCUCCUUCCGUAGAACCAAUGAUGAUGAACUAUUCUAAUCCAAUGUUGUCACAAACCACUGAGUAUAGUGGUGCUUCUACACCUUCGAAAAGAAGACAAAGCGUAUCCACUUUCGAUACCAGACCACGUUCAAUGAUGGUUGAUACGCCAACACCAAAAGCCAACAAAAGAAGUAGUGUUCCUGUUUAUACUUCUCAACAAAAGCAACAACAAAAGCAACUGCAACUGCAACUGCAACAAAAAAUUGCACCAGUAGCAAAGACAACUACUUCAACACCGGUCAAAGUUCAAGAUUCUACCAUUAGUAAGAAGAUUGAUGAAUUUGUUAGAUUACGUUCCAGAAUUGCUGCAGGGAAUAAGACACCUGAAUACAGAUUACAUUGGGUCAAGAUGUUGAUUGUUGCCACAAAUUAUAAAUUGUACUCUUAUAUUAACAUCAAGGGAGAACCUAUUUAUCAAGAACAAGCAGUAUCAAAUAAAGCUCAAUUUAUAAAAUCCUCUGUGACCCAUAUUUUGAAACUUAUUAAAGAACUUUCUUCAGGGACAUAUGAAGCAGAUGGGGUCAAAUGUGAAGCUUAUUUCAUAUACGCAAAUUUAUUGAAACAAGAUUAUUUGGUAUCUUAUAAUCAAGAUUUCAAUAUGGAGAAAAACAUUGAUAAGGCAAUUGAUUAUUAUGAUAGAGUACUUGAAAUCAAUUCUAAAGAUUUCAAAGCAUUAUAUAAAUUGGGUGAAAUUUAUGAGUAUGAAUUUGAUAAUGAAUUUAACAAGGCAGUAGAAUAUUACACUGCUGCUGCUAAAUUUGGUUAUAAUCGUGCCAUAUUGAAGAUGGCUAUGCUUUAUUUGCAAGAACCACAAAUGAGAUCAAUCAAGUAUAUGAAGUAUUUGAAGGAUUUGUCCAAUAUUGAUUUGAAUGAAGUUCGUUUGGAUGAAGAAGAUUCUAGUGAAAUGGAAGAAGUCAUUGGAUUAGCAUGUUAUGAAUUGGGUAAAAUAUUUGAAGGCAUCUAUCCUGGUGAUUUGACUCAAGAUAAUGAAUUUAUUCAGAAAUCGUUGGAUAUGGCCCCAGUCAAUUAUGCCAAAAGUUUGACCUACUACAAUAAAUCAGCAAAAUUGAAUUGUUUGUUAGCUCAAGUAAGAUUGGGUAUUGUUUAUGAACGAGGAGAAUUGAAUCGUCAACGGAAUCCAAGCAAAUCGAUUCAAUGGUACAUCAAGGCUUCAUCAUCGCCAUUAUCUUUCAAAAGACAUCCUGAUGCUAUGGUUGGGUUAGCCAGGUGGUGCUUGACAGGUAGUGAGGGUGCUAGUAAACACAUUCCCGUACCUGUCCCUGAUAGAGCAGUUAUGUGGUGUAAACGUGCUAUUGAUGAAUUUAGUUCUCCAGAUGCAAUGAGUUUUAUGGGUGAACUAUGUGAGAUGGGACUUGCUAAGGGUCGUCCGCAAUAUUGGUAUGAGAAAGCAUAUAAAAUGGGAAACCGAGAGGCUGGUAGGAAAUUAGGAUACUCAAAUUAA